AUGAAGGACCACGAGCGCGCCGCCUACAUCGUGAAUGUCUGGGGAAGCGAGAAGAAGGCAAAGAUCGCGGUUCUCGGCGAUUUUUUCCGCCAUGGGUUUGAUGGGAGUGGUGGGGAUAACAUGGAGGAUGCCGGGAGCUGUAUCGAUGGACGUCUGACAAGUGCCUGGAAUUGGUGCAAUAAUAUUCGUUUUAAAGCGUUUUAUCCGCUUUUUCUGUGGGCCGGAUUUAGUUCGUUUGAUGGGGAGAUGAGUACCUAA